UGUGGAGAAAAAUUCCCUUGCUGUGCUGCUUCAAGCCCUGAACUAAAAUCCAGGGCUAUGCUCAAGCAGCAAACAGAGAGGAGAGAGGGGAGCAUUUCAGAGGACAGCAAGAAUCAGAGAACAGAGAUCUUACAAGCCUGGUUCAGAUCUCUCAGCCUUGUGGAUAGAAGCGUCUAAACUUUGACAGGUGACACCAGCGAUUUGUGAAAUGUGGCAGUGAGUUGUAGCUUGGAAGGGUUUUCCUCCCCUAGGGGUGCUUGUGAGAGAAGGCAGGAUUUUCUCUCCCUCAUUGCAGUUUCUGUGCUUACAGAGAAAUUGCACGAGUCUCCAGAGAGGAAGGAGCCCAGAUCCCAUAGCACUGACCCAGUGCUGAGCAGGACCAGCUCAAGUGAACACAAACCACUGUGACCCAUCCCGUGGACUGGCACAGGGAUCCCCUGCUCAUCCUGCAUGUCACUGGGGCCUGCUGAAGUGGCCUCUCAUGGAAACCUGCGGAUUUGCAGACUGAAAGAGCAGCAAACUACAAGUUCAUCCUUAUGUGGUCCUCUGUGGAAGGAGGAGACUCAUGGCCUGUCCCCCAAAAAGGAUCCGCUGUCUGGGGCCAGAAGAGGUCUCCCUCGUUACCCCCGGCCCAGCGCUGGAGCUGGGGGCACCCCGCGGGCUCCGGGCUCGCCCUUUCCCCCGGCGGCGGCGGCGGGGCGGCCCCGGGAGCGCGGGGAGGCUCCGCGAGUUCCCCGGGCUGCCGGACCACCACCAUGUCCAAAGUGGCGGCGGAAAGUUGCGGGGCAGCGCCGGCCGAGGACUUGUCCAAGGUGUCGGACGAGGAGCUGCUCAAGUGGAGCAAGGAGGAGCUGAUCCGCAGCCUCCGCCGCGCCGAGGCCGAGAAGAUGAGCGCGAUGCUGGACCACAGCAACCUCAUCCGCGAGGUGAACCGCCGACUCCAGCUCCACCUCGGCGAGAUCCGCGGCUUGAAGGACAUCAACCAGAAGCUGCAGGAAGAUAACCAGGAGCUGAGGGACCUUUGCUGCUUCCUGGACGACGACCGACAGAAGGGCAAGAGGGUGUCCCGUGAGUGGCAGAGGCUGGGCAGGUACAGCGCCAGUGUCAUGCACAAGGAGGUGGCCUUAUACCUGCAGAAGCUGAAAGAGCUGGAAGUGAGGCAGGAAGAAGUGGUUAAGGAGAACCUGGAGCUGAAGGAGUUGUGUGUGUUGCUGGAUGAGGAGAAGAGUGGAGGAGCAGGCAGCCGGAGCUCUAUCGACAGCCAGAUCAGCCUGUGCCAGCUGACUGCCACCAGCGCGUACAUCAGAGAUGUUGGGGAUGGCAGCAGCACUUCCAGCACGGGCAGCACAGACAGCCCAGAUCAUCACAAACACCACCCAAGCACCAGUCCAGAGCACCUGCAAAAACCUCGGGGGGAAGGAAGCCCUGAGCAUCAGAAACACAGGAGUAUCAGUCCAGAGCACCUGCAGAAGCCCAGGGGUUCUGGCAGUCCUGAUCAUCACCUGAAAGGGCCGAGCCCUGAGCAUCACAAAACCAUUGUCAAAGUACCUGAACAACAAAAGCACAGCAGCAGCAGUCCAGAAACUAUCCCAAAGCACGUUUUGAGUAGUAGCCCUGAACACUUUCAAAAGCAGAGGCCUGGUGGUAGCCCUGAGCAUCAAAAGCACAGCGGUGGCAGCCCAGAUCACCUUCAAAAGCACACUCCCAGUGGAAGUACAGAGCACCUGCACAAGGUGAGGGGUACGAGCCCAGAGCAUCUCAAACAACAUUAUGGAGGGAGCCCAGAGCACCUCAAACACCUCAGCGGAGGCAGCAGAGAAGGUACCCUCAGGAGACAAGUGACAGAUGAGCUGUCCCCUCACCACAGGAGCUUGUACAACGGAAUGAAUGAAUCAACCUUGUCCUAUGUUAGGCAGCUGGAGGCCAGAGUAAGACAGCUGGAGGAGGAAAAUCGCAUGCUGCCCCAGGUUGUGUGGAGGAAACUUGGAGAUGCUGCAGGGUCGUGCCCUGGAAUUAGACAGCACUUGUCAGGAAAUCAGUACAAAGGACCUAUGUAAGAGGCCCUGAGCACGUCCUCUCUCUGAAGAGCACGGACUGAACUGCCCAGGAGAGGGGAAGAACCGCCUGUGUCCGCCGCAAUUCCCAGCUGAGGACGGGGGGUCUGCACUGCAAGAGACUGCUGGAAAGGAGGGACGUUCUGCACAGGGGUCUGGCCGUGUGGCAGUGUCCCCCAGUCCUGCUCUUCCAAUAUCCCGGCUAAUGAAGCGCUGCUCCCUCACUGCAACACUCCACCCUUAGAAGCACUGAGGUAUUGCCAUCCUAACCAAAAGAUAUUUGGGAUUCUGCAGGCGUUAGGCGAAAUAAGUUUUAUUUUGGUUAGUUACAGUGAAUCUCUGAUAGGUCUGAACGAGUUUUCCAUUGGAUUGAAGAGAGGUUUUUCAGCAGACUGGAGAGACACUGAUAAACUGUGCCUUUGGUCUCCGCAGGUUUGAGAAAGUCGCUUCUUAGUAACUCCCACUUCAGUCUGUAAAGGAUCCGUUAAUGGUGCUUAGGCGAUUUCCAGGUGAUUUCUUUGCUUUGGUAGAAUACCUGCCUUUGGAGGUGCUAAAAGACCAUAAAGUCCUAACCAGCCGGUAGUGUAGCAUAACUACAGUACUUGUAGUGAUCCACAAUUUCUUUCUAAAUGAAAGUCAAGAUAGCUUUCUUUUCGAUUCGCUUUGGUGCACAUCUUCUGAAGAGGUGUAAGAUGUUUCAUGAACGGCCCUUUAAUAAACAGAAUACUUAGGCAUCACUAUUACAGGUCUCAAGUCAGGAUUUCUAUCAGAAUUUAUUUUGGAAAGUAUUUUCCAAUUGUCAGGAUGCUAAUUUCUACUGUUUAAUUUAGAGAUAUGCUGGUUUGUUUAACAAGAGCCUACAAGGAUCUAAAGGAUUGCUCUGCAUUAUAAAAAAGCUUUUCUUGCCACUGUAGUGUUCUUUCAAAGAAAAAGGUUUUAUUAUCCUCAGAGCAUGUCUUUCAUUAUUAUGAGGCAGAAAGCUCUUGUUCAGAUUGCCUGAGAUUUGACCAGCCGGCGCCCUAGAUGUGCUUAGUUUAUUUUUAUCUCUGUGUAUGAUCCUAGUUGUGUGUAUUGAAUUACAACGAUAGAUAUUUUGUGUAUAUCUUAAAGCAAUGAUAGUUUCAUGUAUGAAUGUGCAACAGGCUUGUGACUGAAUGCUGUUGCUUAACUUUUUACCAUAGCUGAGUAUCAAAAAGAUUAAUAAAAAUUAAUAAAAAAAAAAUAGGAAUGCAACAAUUCCUGGGUUUCUGGUUUGUUCUUGGUUACUAAGAUUUGAGCCAAAGUCAGAACCUCUGUUUUUCUGAGCUUGGACUGUAUCCGUGGGCUAUUUGCAGUGAAAUGUAGCUCGGUUGCUGUACAAUCUUUUGUUAUAUAGGAGUAUGAUGUAAAUCUGCUAUCUGUCUCCAGAAAAAGUGUGUUAAUUUGCAACAGUAAUUCUGUUGGUUUCUGUUGUUAUUUUCACUUGGUACCAUUCAAUGUAAGGCCUCUGAUCCAGCGUUGAUUUCCUGAGCAAAACUCCCGUUCACUGCUUCUCCUUGAGUUGGAAAUGCAGAAUCCAGACUUCUGUUUUGAACCAUUGCCCUCCUGCGUGGCUUCUGCUAUACCCCCAGCCCAGACAGCUCUCUGUUCUCUUCCCAUGUUGUUUUCUCCUCUACAUUGUUUGCAGAGUUCAGUUUCGAUUGUUGUAUUCCUAUCUCUCUGUAUGUAUGAACAGCUGUAACACCUGUAUACUUGUGCCUGCACUCUGGAUGUGCAGGGGCCAAGCGAGGGACACCGGUCUUUUGACACUACACUUGUGUAAAUUUUGAUACUGUAUUAAAGCUAUUUUUUUACAGUUCUGCAUACGAUGGGGUAUCAAGUAUUGUGUUCAUCUUAGCAACGGUAAUAAAUUAUAGAAUCCCA